AUGAGAAGCUCUUCGGCAUGGGAUUUUCUCAGAAUUUCUAUAUGUUUCCUUGAAAACUUUGAUCUUUUCCUAUUUUUCACGGGUAUUUUGAUCUCGAUUCUCUCGGGUUACGUGCACAAUCAACAUUUCUAUGUGAUCAGACAAAUUUGGCAACUUUUCAUUGAAAAGGAGAAGAUUUUGACUAAAAAUGAGCUUUCAAAUUCGACGAAUCUCGAGGAUCUCAUAGAUUUCAACGACCGUUUAUCGGCCUCGUGUUGGAGUGUUUUCAAAUUUGGAAUUUUUUCGGCUGUGCUUGUUUUCUUGAUGAAAACGACUUUCAUGACGGUGGCGGAAAAUCUAUGUCAUCGAAUGCGGCAACGAGCUUUUAUGAUCAUUCUAAACAAAGAUCUUAUUUGGUUUGACGAAAAGAAAACGACGGUUUUGUCUGCAAAUAUUAUCGAAUCGUUAGAAAAAUUGAAUAACGGAUUCGGGAUUAUUCUCGCACACAUUGUCCGCCACUUCGUGAUGCUCAUCUUUGGGGCGAUUCUCGCUUUCUCCUAUGACUCUUCAUUGGCGCUUUUGAUGUUCUCGAUCACUAUUGUUUCUUCAUUUGUCAGCUACUUUUUCAACAAGAUUGAGGAAAAGCUCCAAGCCUCGAUGAGCUCAUAUGAUAAUGCGAAUGCUAUCACACAACAGGUUCUCAGCUGCAUCCGAACCGUGCAAGCGUUCAAUGGCCAAAAACACGAGGAAGUAAAAUACAAAAGCGCUCUCGAUGAUUGCAUCAAAAUCGACAUGCAAGUGCAAAUGUAUUUGGGUUUGUCGACGGCGUUUCUUUACUCGAUGAGCACCAUCAUAAAUGGACUUCAAUUUUGGAUUGCAACUGAAUAUGUUUACUGGGGAUUGGCCCAGUUGCAGACGGUUUUAAUUGUUGGUCGAGCCGCUCGCGCCGCUUGUUCCUCAUUUGGCGAGUUGCUGAGCGACUGGUCGCAAUUUCGUCGGAAUCUCGUCGAAUCGCAAACACUUUUUGAGUUGCUUGGAAAUGAUUUGAAAGAAACGAAUGCAAAACUUUCAAGAAAAACAAGAGAAUACGGAAAUCUGGAGCUAACUGGCAAGUUAGAGAUCAAAGAUUUAAGCUUCACCUAUCACAAUAGAGAAGCGCAAGUUUUGAAGAACAUUUCAUUCACUUGUGAGCCGGGGGAAAUGGUGGCCCUUGUGGGUUCAUCUGGCUGCGGAAAGUCAACCCUCUUGCAACUCGUUCAACGAUUCUACGAGCCAACGAGUGGAAAAAUAUUUAUUGGAGACAGGUGCAUCGACAGUUUUCCAAAAACCGAGUUGAGACCCCAGUUUGGAGUUGUUGGCCAAGAGCCGGUUUUGUUCAACUCGUCGAUCAUUGAGAAUAUACGUUUUGCAAAUCCGUCAGCCACGGAAGCCGAGGUGACGCUGGCACUCCAAAAGGCCAAUGCGCUCGACUUUGUGAAAAGACUUCCAAAGGGUUGGCACACAAGAGUGGGUGAACGUGGCACGCAACUGUCGGGCGGGCAAAAGCAAAGGAUCGCGAUUGCGAGAGCGAUCAUCAGAAACCCAAAAUUUCUUCUACUCGAUGAAGCGACAAGUGCCCUGGACGGAGAAUCAGAAAAAGAAGUGUUGAAAGCGCUUGAAAAGGCUUCAAAGGGGAGAACAACAGUUGUGGUUGCACAUCGACUUUCAUCAAUUCGCAAUGCCGAUAAAAUCCUUGUGAUCAACCAAGGAACACUUGUCGAAUCGGGGACACACGAUGUUUUGAUGAAAUUGGAGGGGCAUUAUGCUGGAUUGGUGAAGGCACAGCUCACAGAAAGGAUGCCUUCACAUAGACAAUCCACCGAUGAAGAGCUGCAUUUUACCGAAAAUGAACGGGAAGAGCUUUUUGAGCAUUUUGUGAGUGGAAAUGAUGAUGAAGAACAUGAGAAAGAUGUGGAACGAAUCAAAAAAGAAGCCCAAGAAGAGGGCGUACUCGACUUCUCGGGUAUCAAACUUUUCAAAGAAGCCCUUCCCGAUUGGAAAUAUCUCUUACUUGGGCUAUUUGUAUGCUCUUUUGAAGGUGUUUUCAUGCCCGCCUAUCAACUACCACAAGCUACAGCGCUACAGUCUUUUGCCGAAUUGGAUCCGGAAGAGCAGCGAAGAAAAGGACGAAUAGCCGCCAUUUGGAUGAUUCUACCGAUUCUUGCCGAUUUUUUCGCUACACCACUAGAAGUAUUGGGCUUUGAGACAACAGCAAAUCGUCUGUCAACAAGACUUCGAACAAAGAUCUACUCGAAUCUCUUGCAUCAAGACGGAUCCUUCUUCGAUAUUCCCCAGCAUGCCGCCGGUCGGCUGACCACCCGUUUGGCCACAGAUGCGUAUUUUAUGCGAAGAGCAGUCGGCUUCAAAUUGAGCUAUUUCCUGAAGGGGAUUCUCGCGUUGAUCGUCGGAUUGUUCGUCUCUUUCUAUUACUGUUGGCCGAUGGCUGUUUUGAUGACCCCGAUGAUUCCAAUUCUGGCGUUCAUUGAGACGAUUUGGAGGGGAGUAUUUGAGGCGAGCUCUUAUGAGGAUAAAAAGUUGAUCGAGGAGAGUGGAAGGCUAAUGACCGAAUGCGUGGAGAACAUCAAAACUGUGCACUCGUUGAACAUGGAAACGGUGAUGCACGAGAGAUUCUGUGAACUCAUCGAGCGACCUCAUCAGAGGAAUAUUCGAAAAGUUUUUGCACAAGGUGUGAUCUCUGGGCUUCACGAGAGUCUCGCGACUUUCCUCCGGGCAAUCGAGUACUCGCUGGGCGGAUGGAUUAUCAACUCGGGAUACGGGAGACCGUUAGAUGUAUUCAGAGCUCUAAUGGUGAUGGACUCAGCGGGUCACUAUUUCGGCGAGACUUUUGUUUAUUUGCCCGAGUAUCGGAAAGCUCGUCUGGCUGCUGCGCUUGUGUUCAAACUGAAAAGGGAAUCGGAGAUUAAAAAUGAUGAAGAUCGAAAAAGUUUACAGGUCCGAAAAUCGAUGGUUUCUGUAAUAUUCCGACAAAGACGAGUGGUCGAUACAGUGACAACACAGACAACUCAAACGAUUCGUCGAUCGGCAUCCGUGCAAAUA